AUGCCUGUAGUUCAGGCGACUCUUUCUUUUGUCUUGGAGCUGGGUGAAUUUCACAAUGUGGACUUGUACCAUCGUGGCUUCUAUCAGAUCCGUGCGUACUUCAAGACCAAUGGACAGUCCAAUACUGCCGUCACGGCCAAUCAACCACCAUCCAAAUACAGUGCUGUUGUUGAACCGCCCACUGUUUGGAAGCGUUCCAAUUCUCGCAUGCUUGUUCCCGAGGCUGUUCACCCCUCGUUCAUCGAGCCUCGUCAGACCAAUCCGGUUUAUUUACCUGAUAAAAUGUGCAGUAAGACACUGAAAAUUAUGUACCGUGAAGAAUCCGUGAAACUUAAUGACGUUUUCGAACAAAGAAUAUUGAUCCAAGUGGAUCCAACCAAACUGGACGAAUCGAUUAUAAAACAGGAAAUUUUCCUUUGCGUGGAAUUGUGGUUUGCAGAAGAAACUCCAGAUAACGCAUUCUCAGUCAACUCUCUGGAGAGGGUGUACGAAAGACAACUUCGGGUACAGCUGACGCCGACGCGCGGUUUACAUUACCACUUUGAUGUGUUUUUCGACUACUUUCAUCUUUGUGCAGUCGAGAUGGCCAUACACGGAGCGCUCACAAACGUCUCUCCUAGCAUCAUCAGCUCGUCGAAAAUAUCACCCCGUUCGACUCCAUUACCUCGUUCCGGCUCCACACAAAGUCUGAGUCAACAGACGUGGCAUAGCAUUUUGUUUACCGUCCGAAACCAUACCAGUCGAGUUCAACUGGCAUGCAACAUCCAUCAACAUUUGUGCCACGUCCUUCUGGCCGCCCGGGAAUCAAUGCUCAUGUUCUGGAGGGAAGUGCUUCCCUAUUUGCCAGUGCAAUACAGGCCUCGAAUCGGCACAGCUAAUUUUGCCGCCAAACUAGAGGAGUUGACCAAACAAAUGCACAAUUUGACCAGCGACGAAGAAAUGGCCAACCAAUUGUCAUUGGAUAUCGCACGUCUCUCGUCUCAGAACACGGCACUAUUGAAACAGUUGACCAAAUCCACCGCUCUGCAAUCCAAAGCGACCGCCUAUUUGAGGCGUAAGACGCAUCAAGUUCGAGUCAUCUACGAACACAGUAGCUCAUUCAAUCGCGGUUCUCCUCCAGUAGAACCCCGAUUUAGCAACUGA